AUGUCAGACUCUGGUCCUCUCCCCACCGAUGGAACGGCCAUUACGGUCAUUGAUCCAUGGCUCAAGCCGUUCACAGAUAGCAUCCGUCACCGCUAUGACGAAUGCCAGAAAUGGAUCAAGAACAUUGACCAGAGCGAAGGUGGUUUGGAAAAGUUCAGCCGUGGGUACGAGAUGUUCGGGUUCAUUGUGAAGUCGGACGGGACAGUCACCUACAGGGAGUGGGCUCCGGGAGCUAAGGAGGCAUCUCUUGUUGGAGACUUCAACAAUUGGGACCCUGCUUCUCAGCCCAUGACCCGGGAUGACUACGGUGUGUGGUCGAUCACCAUUCCACCCGUCAAGGGCGCAUGCGCUAUUCCCCACAACUCCAAGGUAAAGAUCACAAUGAUCAAGGAGGAUGGAUCAAGGAUCUACCGCUUGCCUGCCUGGUCUAAGCGUGUCGUGCAAGACUUGUCUGUGAGCCCGGUGUACGACGCAGUGUUCUGGAACCCUCCCCAAAAGUACCAGUGGAAGCACAAGAAGCCCGCAAGACCAGAAAGCUUGAGGGUGUACGAGGCUCACGUUGGUAUUUCUAGCCCUGAACACCGUGUCACUACAUACACCGAGUUCAAGAACAACAUCUUGCCUCGAAUCGCAGCUUUGGGAUAUAACACUAUUCAACUCAUGGCUAUUAUGGAGCAUGCUUACUACGCCUCCUUCGGUUACCAGGUCACUAGCUUCUUCGCGGCAAGUUCCCGGUAUGGUACGCCUGAGGAGCUCAUGGCUCUCGUCGAUGAGGCUCACCGUCUCGGUAUCACCGUCCUCCUCGAUGUCGUACACUCGCACUCCUCCAAGAACGUCGAUGAUGGACUCAACGAAUACGACGGAACUGACCAUCAAUAUUUCCAUGGAGGCGCUAAGGGCAGGCACGAGCUCUGGGAUUCGAGGUUGUUCAAUUACGGUAGCCACGAAGUGUUGCGCUUCCUUCUCAGUAAUCUCAGAUUUUGGAUUGAGGAGUACGGUUUCGACGGCUUCCGCUUUGACGGUGUUACAAGUAUGAUGUAUACUCACCACGGGAUCGGCACGGGUUUCAGCGGUGGUUACCACGAGUACUUCGGUCCCGGCGUUGAUGAGGAGGCCGUCGUGUACCUCAUGAUGGCAAACGAGAUGUUGCACAACCUGUACCCGAACAUAAUCACCAUCGCUGAGGAUGUGUCGGGUAUGCCAGCUUUGUGUGUACCUGUUCCUCUGGGUGGUGUUGGGUUUGACUACCGCCUAGCAAUGGCCGUGCCCGACAUGUGGAUCAAGCUGCUCAAGGAGGGGCAGGACGAGGACUGGGACAUGGGGAACAUCUGCUUCACCUUGACAAACCGCAGGCAUGGCGAGAAAACCAUCGCAUAUGCCGAAUCGCACGACCAGGCACUUGUCGGCGACAAGACUCUUGCAUUCUGGCUUAUGGACAAGGAGAUGUACACCAACAUGUCCAAGCUCAGCGAGUUCACGCCUAUCGUCGAACGCGGAAUGGCCUUGCACAAGAUGAUCCGGCUCAUCACCCACGCUCUUGGCGGUGAAGGCUGGCUUUGUUUCGAAGGUAAUGAGUUUGGACAUCCCGAGUGGCUUGACUUUCCCCGUGCUGGAAACAACUCCUCCUUCCAGCAUGCUAGGCGUCAGUUCAACUUGGUUGAUGACCAAUUGUUGAGGUAUGGCCAGCUUUGGGAGUUCGACGCGGCGCUGCAGAAGACUGAGGAGAAGUUUGGGUGGCUACACAGCCCCCAGGCUUACAUUUCCUUGAAGCACGAGGGCGACAAGGUCAUCGUGUUUGAGAGGGCUGGAUUGCUUUUCAUCUUCAACUUCCACCCCAACCAGAGCUUCGUGGAUUACCGUGUCGGUAUCCAACAGCCCGGCAAAUACAAGAUCGUCUUGAGCACAGACGAUGAGAAGUUCGGAGGAUUGAACAGAAUUGACACGAAUAGCGAGUUCUUCACCACUCCAUUCGAAUGGAACGGUCGCGCGAACUACUUGCAGGUUUACAUUCCUACGAGGACCGCCAUUGUCCUCGCUGUGGAGUAA